AUGGAAGGCUCUCGUGGUCUCACUGAGAUUCCACGUUCAGAUCCUGUUCACCUCCCUUCGUCUCAGGAAAUCCCAUCCUCCCCACCGUCAGUUGUCUCGGAGGCUGGCACUCGACGCAAGCCCAAAAGACCACCACCAGUUACUCCCCGUUCGUUCAAAAGGUUUUUCACGCCGCGAUCUGCCCUCAAUGCUGCAAAUAACACCAGCAACGUUAAGACAAAUCGACAGGCGUUGGGGGAGAUCAGCUCUCCAACCCUGAAUCGACGGGGCCCUGCGUUCACCAAGGCGUCGAUUGAUGGACACCAUGGUGCUCCCAAGAACCCUUUCGCGGAGCUUGCAAGGACUCCAAGCCGAAAGAGAAAGCUUUCGUUUUCUUCUCCAGGUUCCCCGCAACAAUCGUCACCGCUCAGGAAGGUCCGCGUCGCAACUGGCGUCGACGAUGAUCGAGUUCUCGAGAAGACUGUCGGAGAGAUUGAGAUCGGUCCUACAAUUGGAGUUGAGGAGCCAAAGGCCGGACACAUCGCGAGCGAGGUCCCUUCAGUCAGACCUUUGCGUCGAUCCAGAGCACUGGGGACGUCUGGAGAGCUAUGUCUUCGCAGUAUUUCUGGGCGUAUGAAUGGGGUGAUUCAUCGAGCUAAUUACGGCAUUGCGUUUAACAGCGUCAACCUGCAGGCUGGCAAGAUCAAACGUCCAAUUUCUAUUCUCGUCCGGAUGACCUCCAUCCCUGCGUCAGCGUCGCAGGGGAACGUCUCGCGCUUCCCUUCUGUGCUGCGUCUUGUAAUACUACUGAUAUUGACUUCUUAUCAAGCCAAUUCUCUGGUCGCUGUGGGAGACGAAGAAGGAGGAAUCCGUCUUUUGGAUUCGGCAAAAGAGGACAAGAACGGCUUCUCUAAGGCAUAUCUGACCUUCCGCCCGCACGUUAAUGCUAUUAUGGAUUUAGAGUUUUCUUCAGACGAUAUAUUCCUGGCAACGGCUUCAGGGGAUCAAACAACACUAAUUAUUGACAUGAAUACCCAGAAGCCGAUCUAUUGUUUAGCCAACCACGUUUCCUCCGUCAAGCGGGUUCAAUUCCAGCCCGCAUCAAACAACAAAGUCAUUGCGACCUGCAGUCGAGACGGAAACGUCAAUAUCUGGGAUCUAAGGUGCAAGGGCUACGAGAAUCCUUCGUUGCAGGUGCGAUGCUCUCUUGCAUCAGAUGCUGACGAAGGCCCUUCAGCUCUAUCACCCAAGAUGAAGUACCCACAAGCAGUAAACAGCAUCCACGGUGCUCAUGCUUGGAUGUCUCGUACGUCAAAAUCCGAACGGUCUGAACCCCAAGUUGGGCGUGCAGAUGUCACAGUCACUUCCCUAGCAUUCCUUAACCCUGGCCGUGAGAAUCUAUUCGUUACGGCUUCUGAAGCUAAUGCCUGUGUGAGACUCUGGGACUUGCGCACUGCUUAUAACAUCCGCCGGGGUCGACCUGUUCCCCUCUCGACAACCCGAGAGCCAGACAGCCAUGUGAAAUACCGAUCUUUUGGAGUGACUUCGAUGGCUUUGAGUGGUGACGGAUCCAGAUUAUAUACUCUCUGCCGAGAUUCGACCGUGUAUGCAUAUUCCACCUCGCAUUUGAUUCUUGGAAGCGCUCCAGAGCUGGUCUUGAACAGCACUUGCCCGCGACGCUCAGGCGGUCCUGAUAAAGAAGGUCUCGGACCCUUGUACGGAUUCCGUCAUCCCCGUCUGCAAGUUUCCUCUUUCUACGUCAAAACCGCUGUUCGACCUGCCCGGGGUGACAAGGAGGAAAUGCUUGCUGUCGGCAGCAGUGAUCAUUGUGCAAUCUUGUUCCCUACUGACGAAAGAUAUCAUUCUGGCGCAAGGCUUAACAAUAAAGUUGAUUCUUCGCCAGAUACUCCUCCAAUCGUUUCUCGAUCCGGCCUUCGUCGUACGAAUUCCGGAGUCGGUCUGUCUGGAAGGCUGGAAGACACAAUUCCCAUCUAUCAGGCAGGUACCGCUUUAGUCGGAGCCCACAAGAAAGAGGUCUCUGCGGUCUCAUGGACAGUCAAUGGCGAGCUAGUUACUGUGAGCGACGACUACAGCUCUAGAUGCUGGCGUGAAGGACCCGCUGCACGCGAUUUACGAGCUGGAGAAGCUGAUGGUAGACGAUGGUGCAGUGGUUGGGCUGAAACGCCUGACUCAUACAAUGACGAGGAGGAAUGA